CAUCUGUGUAUAAUAGUGAUAUUUUUGUGACAAACACAGCAGUAUAACCAUAUUUCUGAUUCUGACAGCAAUAUGUCUAAAAUAAUUUCAACAAAUAAACAUCUAUUAACUAAAAGGACUUUACAUAAUGUAUACAGGAGAGAAUGCAUGCAACAGAACUCAAGUUUAGCUCAAAAUUGGCGCUCAACACUUCGUUUUAUUAAGGACAUUCACUACCAGAAGAUAAUGCGUCGUUCAGAUGUACUGAAGAUACUGUUUGUAUGUGUGUGCGUAUGUCACGUAUGUCCUGCUCAUCCGUGUGGGAAUAAUCCCCUUUUGUUGGUGGAUAAUUUUGCAAAACUGAAAGGAUAUCCUCAAGAUCAUGUGUUGUCUUUUAUGAAAGACAGGGCACCAAAUGACUACGGGAAGCUCAUGUCGGAACUCCGGGAGUAUUUGGAAUGUACGCAAAUGGUGAAUACGGGUUACUUCAAACGCUCUGGUGACUCCCAAGAGGAUUUUCAUUCAAUACCAUCCAGCCAAAUAGAUAACGUCGAUAAACAAUUUAUGAGGAAGUAUGGUGAAACUGUGAGACAGCUCUUUGCUUCAAGACAACACAGUCGUGAUUUGAGCAGAAACGAUUUUAAUUUGAUGCCUGAGAUCAAUUCGGAAAGCUUCGACAAUCCGCUGGUCAACCGAGACGAUCGUCCGUUUAUAAUCAAACGGCUUCUACAGAGAAAGUUUUCUACUUCAGCUCUUGACAGAAACCGAAGACUGCAAGCAGACGAUUUCAUAGAUCUAUGACGUCAUGAACUCAUGUGACUUUUCAAGCAGACGAGAAACAAUCACAUUCCCUCAAUAUUGAAUAAUGCGAAUUAAAUAUGUUUGGUUUUUUUUUUUUAGAAACUUGUCUAAAUAUUUACCUACUGUUGUUAAAAAUAUCUGUUAAAUAAAGUAUUUUCUUUAGCUAAAUGUUGGGCGUACUUAAAAUAGAAUUAAGACAUAAUAAAUACCAAAAUUAGGCUUAUCGUAGAAUAAUCCGAGUUUGAAGUUCUUAUGCGUAUAAAUAUAUCAUGAAGACCGAAUGCCUGAGUGAUAUAUUUCUACGCAUAAGAACAACAAACGAUAUUUCAUCAAAAUAUUCUUUCAUUUGAACACCAAUAUGAACCGCGUAUAUAGUCAAACAACCAGUAAGCAAUUGACUGUAUUUUUAACCAAUGCAAAUUUAAGCAAUGAAAAUAUUCAAUGUACAAUUCUAUGAUGACUGAUUCUGUCUUCUGUGCAGUCUGAUCAUGAUCUGCACUGUUCGCCAUUCAGUCAGUAUCUUUUGGUAAGCACCCCUUUUAUUAGUUAAUGGUAUUAUUCAAAUUGAAAGAUGAGCCAGUUCAUUAUAGAAAUUUAGCAGGGUAAGGGUUAUGCAAAUGUCAAAUAGUGCAAAUAAAUAGCGGAAGAUACGCGUACUCGUAACAUGAUGUUUAUACCUUUAAAUCAAUUACACAUGUACAUUAAACUGAAAUUAGCAACCGUAUGCAUUUUGUUUCGCUAUAUUCUUGGUAUAUCAGUUUGGGAACGAAGUGGAUUUUCUUUUAUAUGAGUAGCCUUAUGAUAUAAGAAAACCUUUAUUAGUUACAUUAUAUAAUUAUUACAUAAUAAAUAUUUGAAGAUACGUGAAAAUAUUUGUGUGUCUAGUGUUCAUUGUAGAAGCUAGAAUAUUUUGAUUAACAAUUUCUAAA